GCAGAAAUUCCAGUGGCCUGGUGAAAAUCAGGAGCAGAAUGAAUGCAAAGUCCAGUGCUAAAAUACACCACUGGGUACUGGGCAUGGGAGGGCCAAAAUGUGAUUCUAUCAUUGACUCUAUGGAAGACUUCUUGCCAGCCCACCAUCUUCCCAUUUGGAAUGUGGAAGAUGAAGGUACCUUCCAUUUGACAACCGGACCCAGUCCACAGGGAAGUGUGUUGCUUCCCUGGGGUCCAGGUGAGGCACAUCAAAAAGAAAUGUAUGGUAUCAACUGGUAUGGCCCACUGAUUAUUACUUUCUAGUGGUGUUCCAGGUAGGCAGCAACAAGGUCCCAGCAAGAAGGCUGAGGUCAGAGAGCUCAUGUGAAGCAUUUGGAGAUGCUAAAAGAUCCAUUUCUGCUGAAAUACAGUCUUGUUGACUAUCAUGACUGUGUUAGGAAAGUCUCCAAGAAGUCCUGUAUAUGUGAUAAGAACUUUUGGGCACAGAUAUUUCAUGAGACAUGAGCCUUUUACUCUGCUCCUUGUGUGUUUUUCCAAUCAGUGAGGAUUGCCCUUUUGUACACCAUGUGAAUUCUGUUUCCCAUGGAGCUGGAGCCCACAGCUCAUAGAGGGAUGGAGCAUUGUUCCCUAGCAACCAUGUCUACUCUGCAGCCUUCAUCCCACCUCCAUACCUGGACUUCAGUAGAACCUGCCUGCUUGUACAAACCACCAGCCACCACACCAGGGAUCAUGGACCAGAAAUGUGAAGCUCAGGACAAUGCAGCAUUAGGAACAGGACAGAAAGGACCCAACAACUGUACUGAAAUGACAAAAAGCUCCUUGGUCUGGGCGUCUCUUUCAGAUUACCAACAGCUGGGUUACAAUUUGGGAAUAAAUCUCUUCCAAGGUGGCCCACUGAGGAGCCGAAGCUUGAUGAGAGAUUCUUACACCCCUGAUAUAUUUCAGAAGGCAACCAUAGAUCCCAAACAUUGGCAUGGGAAAAGAAUUAGUGAUCUCGACUCCUCUCUGACAGAGCCAAGGUUCAUGGAUUGAAGCUGGAAGAGCAGCGACCCAGUGUCAGUGGUGGGAUCACUGCACUUGGAAACAGUAAAAGAGGUUUGAGAGCAACAACUCCUUACAGAUGGAGAAUAGGCUCUCUCAGGUUUGGCCAAAACAGGGGUGAGGGCUACACUGAAAAAUAUACAAGAAGAUUCUGUUGCUGAUUUCAGUGAACAGGCCUACCAAUUUUAUGCUGAGUUGCCGUUUUAUCCCUCUUAAUAACAUUCCUUUUCUUUCAAACCCUUGGAUUCAUUGCUUGUGAGCAGGAAAACUGAUUAUCCAAGCUCAUUAUGUGCCCAAGUGAAAUCAUCUUUUCCUAUAACCCGAGAGCCUUGAACUGAAAUUGAUUAACUAUUUUUAGAAAGAAGCUCUAGCUAAAUCUGACUUCUUCCCCUGCCAAUCACACCUAUCAGGGGAGUGCAAAACAAGACUAUCUAAAUGCAGGUGCCUAGGAAUUAUGGCCUGUCCCUUUUACCAAAUACAUUAAUAUAACUAAGAAAGAGGUGGAGUUAUUUGAGAUCUUUCACCAUGUUAAACUAGAAGCUUAACUCCUCUAGAGAGGAGAGGUAGCAUUUUUGGAAAGAAAAUGGGAUAAUAAUGGUGUUAUAUUUUGAAUUUUUGGUUUCGUUAUCUAACACCCCUGCAACUCCAGCUCUUCUGAAUCCCAAGACUGGCUAUUUUCCUUUUCCAACAGCUUUCUUUAGGGUUCUAAAGACCUUUGCAUUGUAUUCCUUGCCACUGCUAGAUGAAAAAAUCACAGGACUUGGCUGCUACUAACAGCUCUCUAAGGUGCCAUCUGCAUACAGACAGGAGAUGGCCUAAUGGGGUACACUGUCUUCCAGGAAGCCAGAAGGAACCUCUGGCCACAUCUCUUGUACCUUCCUCAGAAGUUGCAAGCCUCGGACUUUUCUGUGACACAGGAAGAGGUCAAGGGUUUACUGCCAGCUACAAGUGUCCCAGUUCCAAGAUAUGAAAGCACAAUUCAGCUUUUGAGAAAAAUCCAUGUUUUUUUCCUAUAAG